AAUAACUAAAAACUAAAGUAGUAAAGUAGUAACUAAUAACUAUUAAUUAAUUAUUUAUUAUACUCCUUUGACCUUUCUAUAUUUCUAACAAUACUUAACUCAUAACUGGUAUUAUAAAGUAUAAAGAUAAAUUACUAUUUAGUAAUUAUUAUUUAUCAAGUAUUUAAAUAUUUUUAUACAAUAAACUAUUGUCUAAUACUGUAAAUGAUCAUAUUUAAUAUUUGUUAUGACUGUCAUUUUGGUUAUCUAAUAUUACUAAAUAACUAUUGCUAAACGCUUAGUUUAAAAUUUGUGUUUACUAGUUUUAAAUUAAAAAUAAUAGAUUUGAAAUAUCUGGACAAGAUGAACGGAAAUUUGUCUCAAAUUAAUGAGAGUUCUGUGAACACACCAUCAAAUGCUCGUCCUAGUGUGACUACUAUUGAUAUUCUUAAACAAGAAUUAUAUCAAACACAACUGCAAUUAAAAACAAAAAAUGCAUUCAUUAGUGAACUUCAAAAUGAUGUAGAGCAAUUACAAAAAGUUGAAGAUGAUAAUAUGCAGUUAAAAUCAGAAAUUUCAAUAAAAGAAUCAGAUUUAAAGCAAUGGACUGUAAAAUAUUCCAAUUUAGAGUUCAAAUUAUUAGAUCAACAAAAAGACCAUUUAUUACAAAUUGAAUUAUUGAAUGAGCAACUAUCUGUUUUAAAACAUUUAAAAGAUAAACCUAAAGAAGAUGUACCAGUAAAUUUAAAUGAAAGUAUUAUUACAGAAUUAAAAACUGAGUUGAAUGAGAAAAAGGGCAAAUAUGAAGAGAUGCAAAACUUGAUAAAUGAUCAAGAAAUUCGUAUUAUGGAGUUAGAAUAUUCAAAAAAUAGAGCUAUUGAAGAACUGGAGGAAUUAAAAAUAAAAGUUGAAUUUAAAACUGAUCAAUUGAAUGAAUGGAAGCAAAAAUAUGAGACAUUGCAAGCAGAAUGUGAAAUGAUCAGGCUGCAACUCAAUAGUGUAAAUAACCUCAAUGAUCAUAAUAAAAGAGGAAAUUCAUUGUUUGCUGAAGUAGAUGAUAAAAGACAAGCAUUAACAGCCGAGCUGGAAAUAAAAAGAGAAAAAUAUGAAACUUUGAAAAAAUGUUUAUCAAAAGCUAAUCAUGAAAACAAUCAAAUGAAGAUGGAAAUAAUGAGAUUAGAAAAACAGUUGUUAGACACCGAAAGAAAUGAUGAUCUAGAAAAAUCUACUUUGAUUCAAAGUUAUAAAAAUCGCAUAAGCGAUUUAGAAGCCAAAAUUAGAGAAUUAGAUAAAAGACCAGAGACUCCACAAGUAUUGAAAAUAGACAAUUUAAGCAAUGAUGGCAUGAAUGUUGUUCUUCAAAUUGUGUCUGAUGUCCGUAAAGAGAAGAAAGCUCUGGAAGAAGAAAUGAAUAGAAGAUCAAUUAGAGAUAUGGAAGCUCGACAACAAUGUUUUAAAGGAGAAUGUGAAAUUCGUCAACUUAAAAAAGAGAUGAGAAAAGACAAACUGCAAUUAAAAGAAUUAGAACAACAAAUUUCUGUAUUGAAGUCUAAAGUGUCGUCAUCAAAAGAAAACAUGAGUGAAGAUAAACACAUGGUAACAAAAGGAGUACGUUUUCAUAACAACUGUAAGAUAGAAGAUGGAGGUCCUUCAUUGAAACUAGSRAAAAAAAUUCCACAACAAGCUSUUUUGAACACAAUUGUUUGUCCGAAAUUUGAAGAAUUAUAAAUAAAUUUUAUUCAAUAUUUUCUUAAUUUUAUAGAAGUUAUUUUAAAAAUAUUUAAUUGAACUCUAAAAURAAAUUCUGUGCUUCUAAUUGUUAAAAUAUAAUUUUAAAACUUUUAUUUAGCAUUAUAAAUGUGUUGUU